GUCGUCGAUCCCCCUUGAGCAACAUGACGGCGGCGUACGUCCUCCUGGUGAUCCGCGGCCUGGAGCAUGUGGCAGUCACGGAGAUCCAGGAGAAGCUCCAUAUUGCCUCCAUCGAGGUGUUAACACUUCAACCCGAUCCGUCCAAGCCUCGCAUGGACGUCGAACGAGGCGAAGCUGCCGUCGGGAAGAUUCUUCUGCAUACCACGUCGCCGCAAGUGGAUGUAAAGUCCCUCUGUUCGAUCCAAGCAUGUCUCGCCUACGUCGCCCAUGCGUCAGACAUCGACACAGAUACACCCGCUGGUCUCGCGCAAAUUGGCGCUCUGGUGGAGCACGCACCGGUCUGGAAAGACUCCGUCGCGGUGUGGAGGUCGGGUCGCGAAAACGCUGCCACCGACGGCCUUCGCUUCCGCGCGUCCUGUGUUCGAGACGGCAAGCAUGCCUACUCUUCCGAAACGAUUGCAGGGGAAGUUGGCGCGGCGGUGCUGAAGCGGCAGACGGGUUGGACUGUGUCCCUCGUCGACUUCAACGUGGAAGUGGUCGCACUUGUCUUGCACCACCACGUCGUUCUCGGCCUAUCUUUGGCGGAGAAUUCCAAGACCGUCAACUUUCGGGGCGGUCGGCUCGCUCCGGAACCUUGCCGCCUCGCAUCCCUCGACUACAUCUCAACAUUGCGACCGAGCACGGCCUACAUGAUGCUCCAGCUGGCCAAAUGCGACGCUGGGGAUGUUGUGUUGGACUGCAUGUGCGGCGUCGGGACCCUUCCUGCUUGUGCCGUGCUGUGGGGGCCGUCCGUGUUUGGUAUUGGUGGGGACGUCAGUAGCGAAGCCAUCGCCCAAGCCCAUGUCAACUUCAAAUGCCACCGCGCAGCGAUCUGCCAGUGGUCGGCGGAAAAGCUGCCGCUUCGACCCAAUUCAGUCGAUCGCAUCCUGGUCGACAUGCCAUUCGGGAUGCGAUGCGGCAAUCCAGUCAAGAAUGCGCGGCUGUACCCGAAAGCCAUAGGCGACAUGGCGCGGGUGCUGCGUCCUGGUGGCGUCGCUGUGCUCCUUGCCAUGUCCAAGAAACUCGUGGUCCAUUCCGUGCGCCUCGUCCCGUCGUUGACGAUCAAGGAAGAGCUGCAGGUCAACAUUGGCGGCCUGGGCGUCGGCUUGUUUGUCAUUCAGAAAAACGCGUUGAUGGCACCAGCGCCGCCUUCCUCUGCGGCCAAGCGGAAGCUCGAAGACACCCACGACGCGCCAGCACCGUCCGAAGCAGCCGCGUAAACAUGAUGGCAUGGGGUUGCCGCCGUUCAAACAUUCGCACGUUCAAAACCGAGUGGUCCGUGCAAGCUCAGGUCACAUGCACCGCGGGUAGAGUUGGAAUCAACAAGUAGAACAGAGGUCAACGGCCGCGGAUAUACCGACAUGCGCGGGAUGCUCUCGCGUGUAGCGGAGUCAAGGAUGGGAUGGUUUGCAGCGAUUGAAUGCAAAGGGCAUGUAUUCCAUGGCAACACA